AUGCAAAGGAAUUACGAUACUUUCGGGAUCCCAGCAGAAAUCGAGCCAUCAGAAAUCUCGCCGAAAAGUGAUGGUGUAGAAAUUACAUGGAACGACUCGCAUAAAAGCUACUACCCUUGGUCGUGGUUUUAUGAAACCUUGACUGCCCGUACAAACGAUCGCGCACUGGCACAAAGCGAAAAGAAAUUGUGGGGUGCUAGUAUUGAAAACACCCCUCCAGAAGUUCCUUUUGAAUCGGUCGUAGGCGCCAAAGACUCAAACGGUCUCGCGGAGCUGACAGACAAAAUUCGUGCAUAUGGUCUCUGCUUCGUAACAAACACCCCCGCUACGCCUGAAGCUUCCGAGAAGCUGCUAGAGACAAUUGGACCUAUCCGAAAUACGCAUUACGGCGGCUUUUACGAUUUUGUUCCUGAUCUUGCCUUGGCGGAUACGGCAUACACGAACCUGGCGCUCGCGGCUCACACCGACACGACGUAUUUUACAGAGCCGGCGGGCCUGCAAGCAUUCCACCUGCUCUCGCAUACACCUCCCCCGAAUCAACGCCCCGAGGAGGCUCUCGGCGGCCAGUCGCUGCUUGUGGAUGGCUUCCACGCUGCCUCGGUGCUCAAGCAAGAGUCGCCCGAGGAUUACGAAACGUUGCGACGUGUCAAGGUGCCGUGGCAUGCGAGCGGUAACCAAGGCGUAGCGAUUGCACCAGACCGCGCGUACCCUGUGAUUGAGGAAGACUCAACCCUGCGUAGGAUUCGGUGGAACAACGAUGACAGAGGCGUAAUUCCGCUGGAUGUCGACGUCAAUCAGUGGUACAGGGCCGCGCGCAAGUGGAACGAAAUUCUGACGCGCAAGGAUAGCGAGUACUGGUUUCAACUUACACCUGGGAGGAUGCUGAUCUUUGAUAACUGGCGGGUACUCCAUGGACGGAGCGCGUUUGAGGGUCUGAGACGCAUCUGCGGUGGCUAUAUUAACCGAGAUGAUUUUAUUUCUCGAUGGAAGACGUCCAACUUUGAGAGAGACGAGUGUUGGUUGGUCAGCGAUCGCAGAUUGUCUGCAAUCGUACUGCUUUGGCUCCACCCGAAACCAAAUAUAGCAAAUCUGGUUUCUCUUUCGGAACAACAUAGCUUGAGAGUCGAGGUUGGCAAGGCGUGGUGCCAUCAGGCUGAUCUCAGCAAAGUUGAGCUGAUUGCGAAGCUUGAGAAACCGUCACGAGCUGACUGCACCUCCCGCCGAGAAUUGGCAGGCGCCUAA